AUGGCAGGCACGGUGCUGAGCAUGGCGAGGUCCAUCAUGGGUGGCGCCAUUAGCAAGGCCGCCUCUGCGGCUGCGGAUGAGAUGAGCCUCCUCAUGGGUGUGCGCAAGGAUAUCUGGUUCAUCAAAGAUGAGCUGGCAACAAUGCAGGCUUUCCUGGUGGCUGCUGAAGCAAUGCAGGAGAAAGACAUGCUACUUAAGGUGUGGGCAGAACAAGUAAGGGAUUUGUCAUACAACAUUGAAGAUUGCCUUGGUGAAUUCAUGGUGCAUGUGGCAAGUCAAUUCUUGUCGCAGAAGCUGAUGAAGCUCAAAGACCGCCAUCGAAUCGCCAUGCAGAUCCGUGACCUCAAAUCAAGAGUUGAAGAAGUCAGUUGCAGGAACACACGCUACAACCUGGUUGAGAAGAACCAACUCACUAGAAGCAUUGAUGAGAGGGAUUGUUGCUGGGAAGAUAUCCGGAAUCAAUCAGCUAGCAACAUCAAUGAAGCUAACCUUGUGGGGUUUUCCAAGCCCAAGCAAGAGUUAAUAGAGCUUAUUGAUGUCCAUGCAAACCAUGGCCCCGCUCGGGUAGUAUGUGUGGUUGGCAUGGGUGGUUUGGGUAAGACUACUCUUACGAAGAAGGUUUAUGAAAGCAUGGAAAACUUUGCAUGUUGUGCUUGGAUCACUGUUUCCCAGUCAUUUGUCAGGAUGGAGCUUCUCAAAGUUAUGAUCAGAGAACUUUUUGGUGAUGAAGCAUUGGAGAAGCAACUUGAAGGGAAUGAAGUGCGAGAAGAGAACCUCGCCAACUAUCUCAGGCAAGAGUUGCUUGAGAAGAGGUACUUUGUUGUUCUUGAUGAUCUAUGGAACUUAGAUCACUGGAAGUGGAUAAAAACUGUUGCUUUUCCUAGUAGUAACAACAAAGGUAGUCGUAUAAUGAUAACUACACGAGAUGUUGGCUUAGCUAAGGAUUGUACUUUGGAAUCUUCUAGAUCACUUAUCUACCGCCAUGAACCCUUACAAACAAAGGAUGCCAUAAAAUUGCUAUUGAGGAAGACCAGGAAGUGUGAGGAAGAUAUGAAAAAUGAUGAUAACAUGAGGAAAAUAGUUACUAAGAUAGUGAAAAAGUCUGGACGGUUGCCCCUAGCCAUACUCACAAUAGGUGGCAUACUUGCCACGAGAAUGGUUAGUGAUUGGAAAAUUGUUUAUGAUCAGAUUCCCUUAGAGUUGGAGAGCAACCGAAGCCUUGAAGCAAUCAGGAGGAUGGUUACUCUGAGUUACAAUUAUUUGCCUUCUCAUCUUAAGUCAUGUUUUCUGUAUCUAAGCAUAUUUCCCAAGGAUUUUGAAAUCAAGAGGAGGCGGCUGGUGGAAAGAUGGAUAGCCGAGGGGUUUAUUCGCACCAUUCGUGGAGUGAGUGCUGAGGAUAUUGGAAAUAGUUACUUUAAUGAACUGAUCAACCGUAGCUUGAUUCAACCAUCAAGAGUGAACGUAGAAGGGAUUGUGAAGAGUUGCAGAGUACAUGAUAUCGUUCGCGAUGUCAUGAUCUCAAUUUCUAGUGAUGAAAAUUUUGCAUGCUCAACAUGUGAAAAUGUAGCCGGCAUAGCAGGGGAUAACUUCCGUCAUGUAUCAUUGCAAGGAUGUUGCAUUAUGAAUGUCACUCACAUGGCCUGGACUGGUCGCUUGUCAACCUCUCGAGGUGUGAGGGUGCCCAAAGGGAUCAGCAACCUAAAGGGGUUAGAGAUACUAGAGAUUGUGGAUAUUGAACGGACUAGUAUGAAAGCAGUUAAAGAGCUCGGGAAACUUAUAAAGCUCAGAAAGUUAAUUGUGAGAGUAGGGGCAAGCAAGCAAAAGAGCAAGGUACUCUGUACAUCCCUUGACAAGCUCACUCUCCUCACAUCUCUUUGUCUCCAUGUAGACUCUGCUUCUCGGAGAAGCAGUGCAUCACUUAAGUGGUUGCAGUCUAUUUCCUCCCUUCCCCCUCUCCUGAAGAAGCUGACUUUGGAUGGAGAUCUUGGGGAGCUGCCUGACUGGUUUGGGGAUCUGGUACAUUUGGUGAAGGUUAACUUAGUGUCGAGCAAUCUGAAGGAUGGAGAUAAAAGCAUGAAAAUACUAGGCGCACUGCCCAACCUCAUGCUCCUUGGUCUUGGUCAAUGUUCUGUUGUUGAGGAGAAACUAGUUUUCAGAGCAGAAGCAUUCCCAAAUCUCAGGAGAAUUGGUAUUUUUGACCUGGGGCAACUGGCAGAGUUGGUAUUCUUGGCGGGUACCUCGUCCUUGUUGGAAAAGAUAACAAUCAGUGACUGCAAGUUGGAAUCGGGAAUUACUGGUAUCAAACACCUUCCAAGUCUGAAGGAGAUUUCACUUGCUUGGGUUUGUGAAGGGGCGAGCCUUGGUGCGCUGCAACGCGAAGUGGACGUGCACCCCAACCAUCCCGUGCUGCGACGACAGGAGGACCGGAGCCACCACGACCUGGGUGACGUCGCCGAAGUCUCCACUACAGCAUUACAAGUGGAAGAAGCGAUGGAGGAGGAGGAGGAACCAUCUAUCCAUCCCGACCCUGCAGUAGCAGGAGAAAGCUCCUCCUCGCAGUCGCAGGUGGUGACCCUCAUGCCGAUGGAGAGAUACAGUUCUUCCAUACUUACAAUGGGAGAAAGAGAGAGCUCCUCCUUGCCUGUGGGGGUGGUGCAAAUGUGGAGUGAGAGCGACAGUGCUUUUCUGUGGAUGAACCUUCCAGCUGGUACAAAUGAUGCCUGCGAGGUGCUCAACACUGGCACUGCAACCUUUGAAGGUUCAGCUGCCAGAAUAGGAGCCGGUGUUGCCAAUUCUCUGCAACGUUGA